GUUUCCCACUCCUUUAUCUAUUGUAAUCAAAGUCAUCAGUUGUUAUUGGCUUGGGUAAUGUGGGUAAGCAUCAUUGCGUAGAUAGCCAGUGAUGUUGGCUGCUGGAAAAGGAGAAAUCGAUAAUCAUAGAUUGGGAUUACAGAACUUUUGGGGAGAAACCAGGUUGAUUUUUGCUUGAUCAUAACCCAUAGAUGGCUUACCCUUUUAUAUGGAUUUCUACCUUCCUAAUAAACAAGAUCACUAUAGAUCGCAAGAGAUUACUCCCUAAUUUUCAGAUAUAGGAUUCCAAACAAACAACAAUUAAUGAUAAUCGGGCAUGUGUGUGGCACCUUGUUGGAUGGCUGGCCCUUGCCCAUAUGAUUGGUAUAAGGUAUAUAUAGUUAGGUUCCAUUACUUGGUGCUUAUAGUUGAGAAUUUUCUGUAAAAGGUCUGAAAUAAGUUCUUUCAUAUGCCUCUGCAAGGUCUGAACCUGAAAUAACUCAGUAAGUUGAUUAAUUUUAUGCUCUUUUAAAUGAUAUGGCCAGUCAUGUGCCAGUUGAAGACCUCAUUUUUCCUCUGUAAUGUCUGAAUCUGAAAUUUGACAAAAUUUAAUUAAUUUUAUGCCCUUCUAAAAGAACUAGAACAGGCGGCGCUCUUACGGGCGCCCCAUCAAGAAAAUGCACAACUUCCUAUGGCUAAGGUCAGCGGCUACUUAGGAGUUUGUUGGAUUCAAUAGCAAUAGAUAUACAUAAGUGGUAGCUUCCAGGUUCUCAUCACAACGCACAGAACAUCAUGCAAGGAUCGGUCAUCUCAUCAAGCAUGUAGUCAUCUGUGUCUCUAAGUAUCACAGAGACCUGCACAAAAGAAAAUCAAGCACUACACAAUUAUCUUCAAAUUAAAUUUGUUCCUCUUAUGGCAAACUUGCGUAAAGUUCGUAUGGAAAAAGUACAGACCGCGCUGGUGUUCUUUGUGCCUUACACCAGAAUAAUAUCAUCAGCAGCAAUUCUUUCCUCCACAACUUCAUCAGUAUGUCCAAGGAAUGAUGAAACAAACGUUUCUUCACCUUCCAUGUAAUGUACUCACCUGAAAGGUUCAAUUGUCAAGGUACCUAAAAUCCUAAUAAUGGUUUAUGCCGUGCUCUCUGCUUUCCAAAAUUUCAAAUUAUACAGAUGUAUUGGCAUUUCUAGGUACAUAGUUCUAGGCAUAACAUCUAUCCAGGUGCAUAGCAAAAAACUACGAAUAUUGAAAAUCCAAAACAUCCUCUAAUUUGGAACGGAGGAAGUAACAAAUAUUUUCUAUGAAACUGUUCACUCCUAUUUAUACUAUUCAAGCAUACAUAAAGCAAUUUGACCUUACAUUGCUAACAGUUCUGCUGUUUGGUUUUGUAUCUUAAUUUUAAUUAAUAAGUAAAAACAGUUGGUUACCAUAGCUGCACCGGUCGCUUUGGCAACAUGGCACAAUCUUCCUUGCGCACAUGCUUUACUGUAAUAGCUCCAGCCUCAACCAAGUACUGAAAUAUGUGCCAUGACACGAUAACAAAAUGACACUUAGCAGCCUGUAUGUGUAAAGAACACUUGAACGAUUCACACCUUCAGUUAAACAGAUCAUAAAUAAAGAAAAUUAGCACCAGCCAUAGGUACCAGUAACAGGGUAAGAGCAGCCAAAGCCUGACACCAUUGGUUCAGCCUCCAGACCCUGAACACAAGAAUGAUGGCCAGUGAAUUCGCACAGAAACAUACGUUGUACGUGCUAGAAAUCAAGAACUGGGGGUUGUGGCAGUGUGCAAGUGAAGUUGAAAAACAGAUGCAAAACACUCAAAUGCCAAAUAUGUAACACCCCGUCCAAUCCCUGGACCGGUGGUACUUACUCCUGGCAGCUCUCUAGGAUCAUAUAUUGUCCCCACAGACCAACACUCGUCUUUUGUGCACACUUUGUCCUCACUCAUGCACACUCGAGAAAACUUCCUGGUCGGUCACCCAUCCCAAAUGGCUCUAAGCCAAGCACGCUUAACUUGGAGGUUCUUUCGAGGUAGACUUCCGAAAAAUAAGAUGCACCUUGUUGGUAUGAUUACUAUUAAUUCUAUUAAGCCUUGGGCCAGGACAUCCCAUCCCAGGGGCCAGGAUAUCACAAAAUACCUGUUGUUCUGCUGCUGACAGCCGCCCGGGCUGUCGGACUCAAGCUGGAAGGGUGGGGCCAUAGGGGGCGGAUUGGUGGUGGUUGGGGGGGGGGGGAGCGAGGCUGCGGCUGGCUACCCGUCGUGAGCCGCGGCCUCAAGGUCUCCGUCGGGUGUCACGUGAGAGUCGACAGCCUUGUUAUCCUCCUUAUGGAGGUGGUCCACGGAGGCAAGGGACGCCUCGCCGAGGCGCUUGUGGCGAUUGAUGUUGGGAGAGGGGCAUGGACGGCGUCGGUGAGAGUGGCGGCGGUGGGAGCGGUCCCGAUCUGCCGACGGGGAGGGAGCGCCUCCGCUCGCACUCGCGAUCCCUGUCUGUGUUCCGGCCCACUUCGCCAUCGAGAGAAGGGGAAGAGAGGAGCUAGGGUUUGCGAGCAGGGAGUGACGGAUCCGGAGGGAGAAGACACGGUCACAGGCACCGCUCACUGGAUUGAAGUGGGUUCACGGUGGAGGAACAGAGAGGCGAACGAUGGGUUGAUUCCCGAGAAGGUAAAGGGCUUUUUGCGAAAUGUUCGGGGGCACGUGCCAUCACGCGAAACGUUCGCUCCUCCGCGAAACACGCCCUUAGCAGCAGAACUGCUUGUUGAUAUAUGCUUUAUUGGGUCUGUAAAUUUGCUCUUAAAUGUAUUAGCUUGAGUGGAUGGUGUGUGAAUUCAUAGCUUACCUAUUUUUUUAACAUCAAUGUAUUAUGCUUAGUCUGACGCAUAACUUUUUUUUUUAUUCU